AUGAUUGUGGGUAGUUUGGGAAAAGGUAUAUAUUUUUUGUUUAUUAGUUAAACAACUUAUUAAAUAAAUAAAAAAUCAAAAGGAUCUAAUACAAAUGUAAAGCUUGCAAUGAAUAAACAAACUGGAAUGUAUUAUGCUUUGAAAAUUUAUUAAAUAAAUAUUUAGUUAGAUUUGUAAAAAAUUAGAAAUAUAAAAAGAAAAAUACAAAUAUUAUAAAGAAUUAGUCAUCCAAACAUAAUAUAAAUUAUAUUUUAUAUAUAUUUUUUAUUUUAAAACUAAAUAAAGAUAGUUUUAGUAAUGGAAUUUUUCUCUAAAUUAUCUUUAAAAGAAUUCUUAAAAAAACGAAAAGAACAUAAAAUUAGCGAAAAUGAUGCAAAGUUAAUUUUUAAAUAAUUACUGAAUGGAUUAGACUAUUUACAUAAUAAAAAUAUUAUUCAUAGAGAUAUUAAACUUGAGAAUAUAUUAAUUUAAGAAUAAACGAAAAAGGUAGCGUAUAUAGAUUUUGGAUUCAGUAUAUAUACCUCUUAAAAACUUAAAGUUUUUUGUGGGACACCUAAUUAUAUAGCACCUGAAAUAUUACAUAUUCAAAUUUUUUUCUUUUCUUAUUUCUAAUAUUGUGGAAAAAAAGCUGAUGUUUGGGCAUUAGGGGUACUUUUAUACGUCUUAAUAACUGGACAAUAUCCUUUUAAAGCAAGCUCUGAUAAUGAAUUAUAUAAAAAAAUUAAAAGCUGUAAAUAUACUUAAUCUUAUAAUAUUAGUAUUUAAGCGAAUAACAUAUUGACUAAGAUUUUUAAAAUUAAUCCAAACCAAAGGCCUGAUUAUAGAUAAAUUUUAUAAGAACCCUGGUUUAAUUGUUGA